AUGAGAUACAAAAUAUUCAUCCUAUUGCUAUUGGUGUUAAUGUCUCUCUAUGUCCAGUAUAGAGAAUACCCUUUCAGCAUAAAGAAACUGCAGAUGACGUAUCAGUGCUGGUCUCUGAAAAACCAACCAGAACUUCAGCUCUCAGAUUGGUUUAAUACCAUAAUGGACUCUACACACAUGAACAUGACAGCUACUAACUGGUCAGCUCCGAUUGUGUGGACCGACACUUACAAUGAAUUAGUCUUGGCAAAUUAUUAUGAAAAGCAUCCAGUUACCGUGGGGUUGAUCGUGUUUGCAGUGGGAAGAUACAUUUUGUACUACCUGGGUCGCUUCCUGGAAUCUGCUGAUAGGUUUUUCAUGGUCAACCAGAAGGUCAUCAUUUACAUCAUGCUGGAUGACUUAUCCUAUAUGCCAUGGAUGGAUCUGAAUCGCCAUCGGACAAUCAAGGUUUUCAGGAUUAAACAAGAGAGGAGGUGGCAAGACAUCAGCAUGAUGCGCAUGAAGAUUAUCAGUGAACACAUCGCAGGUCACAUACAAUAUGAGGUUGACUAUGUCUUCUGCAUGGAUGUGGAUCAGCUAUUCAAAGCCAAGUACGGGCUGGAGACUCUGGGGGACUCUGUUGCUCAGUUACAUGCCUACUGGUACAAGGAGAGUCCAAGCAACUUACCUUAUGAGAGAAACGAGUCAUCAGAAGCUUACAUAGCAGUGGGGGAGGGGGACUUUUAUUAUCACGCUGCUGUUUUUGGAGGAACAACCACUCAAGUUCUCAAGAUUACCAAGGAGUGUGCCAAAGCAAUUAUGAAAGAUAAGAAAAACAACAUUGAAGCAGUUUGGCAUGAUGAGAGCCAUCUAAACAAGUAUUUCUUUCUCCAUAGACCCACUAAACUCUUGUCACCAGAAUACUGCUGGGAUUUAAGUCAGAAUAAGACUCCUGAUAUUAAGACUGUUAAACUCAUUUGGAACUUUAAAAAUUAUAUACUUCUUAGAAAGCACCUGUAA